GCAGUACGCCGUCAGACUGGCAACAUAAACGGAGAGAAGAAGAGGAGAGGUGAUUGUUAAAAAUCUACGUAAGCUCAGGCUGAGCAUCGUUUAAUGUUAGCACGUUUGUUCGAAAACAAAAACAGCAGGUAUUAAAAAAAAGAGGAUGUUUAAUUUUUGAAAAUUUUAGCCUUUAAAAACUGAAGCCAGAAAGCGGUUCUGAAUUUACAAAUGGAUUCGGGAAAAGUUGUGCACAGAAGAAAGCCGGGGAUCCCUGUAAUCGGUUUGAAAGCAUCCCAGAAGAGCCACCGCCAUCAGGAGGUUAAUGCUAAAAGUCUCGAUCUCAGUAAGGUGAUUCGUCUUCUUGAAGAUCCUUUGACAACUAACUUGAAGGAAAGGCACCUUUUUGUUCUGAAGAAACUACUGAAGAAAAGCCAAAUUGGCUUUCUUUUAAAAGAACUGACAGCCAUCGCAAAAAUACUCAACAUCUGCGCAGAGAAGGUGACAGAUCACCCCGAAUAUGUGUCCAUUCUGUGUGAAGCUCUUACAAUUUGUAGGCUUCCCUUUCUGAAGGAGAAGACAUCUGACGAGCUGCACUACGCUCAGGACGUCACAGAGUUUCUCUCUCAUAUGGGGAGUCUGAUGAGAGUGUCUGAUGCCGAAGUGAGGCAGCUCAUAUUUGAAUGCGUGAAAUCAUUCUACAGCUCUGUGGCUCCCAAACAGAUGCUCGAUGGCCUCCAGCCGACCUCUCCAGGCUACAGGCUGCAGCUGCUGGAGCGCAGUGAGCUGGCUAAGACACUUCUCCUCUCCAUGGCCACUCUCGAAAACCAGCCCACCAUCAAACUGCAACUCCUUCACAUCCUUCAGAUCCUCUCCAGCUGCUCUGAUAUGAACUGUUCUUCAAUACUCCACGCACAAGGAGCAGAGACGAUAUGUCUCCACAUGAACGACCACGAUCCGACCGGCCAGGUCCUGUUCCGUUCUUCCGAAAUCCUCUGGAACCUGCUGGAGAGGGGCAACAAGGAGGUGGUCACCGCUCAGCUCGGCACCCUGGAGUGUGUCCUCUCUCUGAAAGAAGCAUUUUUUCACCUGCUGAACACCGGCUCUGGACAUUCAGACCUCCAACUCAGAAACGAUCUGCUCGUGAUCACAACUCUCAUUGCAGAAAGUCCAGGCUCACAGCUUAUUGAGAGUUCAUUUGCCAAACAGCUUGUGGUUUUCAGCACAUUUCCAGAGCUGAAAAGUCACAACCCUUUGAUCCGCAACCUGAAGCUCAGCUAUAGUAACGAAGACUUGAAAAUGAAGAAGUCGCUGUUGAAUCUGCUGGUUGUUAUGUCGAGGGACUCUGCUGCCCUGCAGCUUUAUAAAGAAGAACGUGUUGUUCUGGCUCUGCUGGCGCUCAUGAAGCCGCCUGUCGCCUCCUCGUCUGAGCGUCAGUCGGGGUCACGUCACUGGUCCGCUGCGCAGAAGGAGGAGCUCCAGCUGCAGGCGCUGGCCACCCUCGCCACCAUCGGGCCGCUCAUGUUGGAGGAGUACAUUUCCUGUGAGGGGAGUACCUGUCUGCUACUCCUGCUGGACUGGUGUGUUGGGCCAGAUUCUUACUUUGGCCAGGGUCACAGCUUCCACGCCACCGGAGGCAGAGGCGGUAAGAAGGCGCAGACGCGGCACUGUAUCAGAGUGCUGAGAUCGGUGACUUCUCUGGGUGAAGAGUCUGUAAACCAGGACCUCUGUGAUCAGGGAAUCAUCAACCAGCUUCUGGGGAUUCUCAUGCAGAUAGACGCGGGUCCUGAUGAAGAUGACGUCGUCGCUCUGGAGAUAAAGUCGGAUAUUCAGGUGAUCCUUUCAACGCUGUGUGAGACCGACAUGCACAGAAAGGAACUGUUUGGCUCAGAGGGAGUUGAGAUGGCGGUUCAUUUUCUGAAAAAAGGCUCCGACAAGUUUUACAGCGGCCUGGGACACAACAAGCUCGUGCUCUCCACAGUGGACUGUGUGUGGUCACUGGAUGAAGCUCAGCUUUCAUUUCCUGCUAACGUGCCGAGUGCUGCAGUAUUGGAGAUGUCAGAGAACCUGCGAUUGAAGAUUUACUCCGUCUUCUGCAAAAUUGGGUUUCAGGAUCUUCCUGGAUUGUUGGGAAAAGAUUAUGUGACUCUGACCAUCAUCAGGAGAUAUCUAGACUUUAAGGUCGGUGAGGUGUGGGAUGAGAUCAGUCGGGAACUGAGCCUGGAAGGCGUGAGGCCGAUCAGCCCCGACCAGGAGGCUCUGAGCACCAUCUGCAAGAUCGCAGAGGACACGGCGAGGAGGAUCGUGGAGGAACAAAACAGCAUCCUGGAGCACCAUCAGAAGGAGGACAUCAGCGAGGAGAAACUCACAUACACAGAGCUGGAUGAAGCUCAGCUUUCAUUUCCUGCUAACGUGCCGAGUGCUGCAGUAUUGGAGAUGUCAGAGAACCUGCGAUUGAAGAUUUACUCCAUCUUCUGCAAAAUUGGGUUUCAGGAUCUUCCUGGAUUGCUGGGUAAAGAUUAUGUGACUCUGACCAUCAUCAGGAGAUAUCUAGACUUUAAGGUCGGUGAGGUGUGGGAUGAGAUCAGCCGGGAACUGAGUCUGGAAGGCAUGAGGCCGAUCAGCCCCGACCAGGAGGCUCUGAGCACCAUCUGCAAGAUCGCGGAGGACACGGCGAGGAGGAUCGUGGAGGAACAAAACAGCAUCCUGGAGCACCAUCAGAAGGAGGACAUCAGCGAGGAGAAGCUC